CCUGAGUUUACAGGCACAGGCGGACUUUAAGAGUUGUGUUACAAGGUGUGGUUGUGACUCAUUUGAAACUUUCCUCAUUCAUUCUCGAGUUCCGAUCUCCAGACUGCUUCAUCUCGUGAAUUAUUGCCGUUUAAAAUCGUCUUCUAUUAAUAAAUGUGAGUGCAUAUUUGUACUUUCUUAAUCGUCGGCUUACAUUUUAUCUCUUGUUUUUAUGAUCACCGCUGAACUCAGAUUUCUACGCACCUUCCUUCAACAGCAUACCUACUGACUGGAGGAAAACCCACUAACAAUUGGUCGAUACAUUGUUUUAACACCUCAGUAUUCAAUGGAUCCAGAUCAGUUUAAAUUCAACUUUCCACUCGAACAAGUUGUAAAAGAAUGGAAAACACUGGAUGAAGAAGAAAGCUUAUCUGUAGAAGAUCAAGAAGACGAUAAUGAUGAACUAAACACUGUUAGUCAAGAGUCUUUUUUUGCUGCCCAUUAUAAAGAGGGGAUGGAUUAUUUUACAAUAACGAAUCCAGAAAAAAUAAAGCGGGAUUGGAUUGAAGCCAGGAAAUCAAUUAUUCCUCAUAUUCAAAACGUUGUGAAGCAUUUAGUUCGAGAGAAAUUUCAGCAAUGAAUGUAAAUAUACUGAAAAUAUGUUUAUUAAUCUUCUCUUUAUCAGCGAUACGUAUGAGAAUUCAAAUUUAGAAACUGAUUUCUCAAACAUGAUGCAAAACUGUAGGUGUCUAUCUAGUACACAUACAGACAUGAUUAGCCUACAGCCUCUAAACAAUGUAACGGUUCAAUUUGUCGUGCAUCACAUCAAAGUGGAAGGCAUUGCAAUGAAACUAAUGUGGUUGCAAGUUGUAAAAAUUCACAUGACAAAAUAAGAUAAAGCCAACAACGAAACGUAACGUAAAGAUUAAAAUGAAGAUAAGUUUUGCGUACAAAAGCACCACUGUAAUCUAUGUAGCGAAAAAAAUCGAAAUUCAUUCAGCAACCUUGGGCACAACCGUGCAGUAGGUAGUGAGCCACAUGUAGUGUGUAUGAGCUACAGCUCCAUCGAUAAACCACACCCAUUUUGCUGUUUGUGCUUUUUAUAAGCAUUUACUAAGAUCUCAAGCGGUCCUGAUUUCAGUCUAGUCCAGUUAUAAGUUCAGUGAAGUUUAAUUGUAGUUUUUCGCUGAAGACUGUAUUUACGACUGUUGAACACUUCUCUUUUCACCUUUUUCUUCCGAAAAAUAAGCUAACCUGUUGAGAUACUUAUAAUUAGUGAGUAUUCAGCUGCAUCUAUGUCCAAGACACCACAAAUGAUAAGUACUACUUUUAUAAGUUGGACAUAUGACAUCAGCACUGUCCAGUAGCAAUUAUAUGUUGAAACCACGUUGCAAACUCUUCACAUAUCGUUCAAUCAUAUCUAGCAACGCAUACCUUGUGGUUGGGUAAAAUAGAGAGACUGGUCAUCGGUUAAUAUAACCCCAUUCGUCAGACAUAAUUGAAUUAAAAUUGAAUACUAGGGUGAUUUGAUACAAUUGCUCCAUUUCAAAAACUUGAAUAAAGUAAGAGUAACAAAAGUAGCAGAAUUAGCAGACAUGUACCUCUUAGAUUCUCAUCAGCUGCUUUACAAUCUACAAUGUAUGUUUAUGAUGGGAAGAAAGUACACUACAUACUUUCGUGAAUCAACAAGAAUGUUGAUUUAGAUGGAAAAUAAAAAAGAUGUGGACCCACAGAAAUCAGUGGGGUUGUUAAAACUACUCAAAUCUAACUAUUUAAACAAUGGCGGAAUGAACACUAAAGAAGAUAGCUAAAGUUGGGAAAAAUUACGUCAUGAUUAAGUGAGCGUAUUAAAAAGGUUGACAGAUCUCUAUUGUAAUGAGUAAGAAGAUGAACACCACAAAGGAGGGAUGAGAUUAGGUUUUGAAAUUAAUCGAAAAAGAAAAGGCAAGGUCGUGAAAUUUUAUUGUCAUAGAUUUAGGUAAUAAAAUUAGCCAAGUAGAGCGAUACUGACAACUUUAUAUUUUUGAAUAUACAGAUUAAAUCUGAGUCCUUUAAUUGCAACUGCUUUAGUGAAACGCAAACGGUUAGGUUUCACUUUGAAACGUCAACACUAUAUCCCAUACCAAGUAAAUCCUGAACGAUUACGCUAUUCAAACCCUGUGGAGCAUUAAGACUCAAACUGCUCCAAAAUGUUUAGAAAUACAAACAAGAACCUUUCUCUAUGUUCUUUGUCACGUACAUUUGGAGGCAACAAGAGUCCACUUUAAAUUGUUUCUUUGAUCAGUUAGUCUGCAGCACAGUCUUAGUGACCGGAUAGAUCUUUCUCUGUUUUGAGUUUAGUCUGUGCUUUAUGCGUGGAAAUUUCAUAUAGAUGGAAAUAUCGCUAGGGAAACUCAUCGGAAAGACGCAUGAAGUGGCCUAGACACCUAAACGGUUUUUGGCCAGGUAGUCACAAAAAAUCUCUGGCAAGAACACACUGUACGCCUAAACUGUUCUCCGAGUGGAAAAUCCAAGACGAGGUGGCUGUUGUUGAACACUGCCUUUGCGAAAAUGGCCCCUAACAAAGGUUCAACGGUAAGCACAGUAAGACAGGGACGAAAUAACUUAUCCCUUUAGUAUUUAUACUUCCCAAUGUAUGCAAAAGGAAACGGAAAGAAUUAAGUGCAUUACAGUGCGGAAAUCCUGCUUUCUGGACUUGUGCAAGCCCUUCUCCCCUCAUACAGUUUUGAAGACUGGGGAACUCAUUUUCUCAAAUGGGACCCAUUUUCGCAGUCAUCAGUGUCUAGGCCUACUGAGAUAAAUCAGUGCUGGACUGUUUAAAAUGAACAGUAUUAGAUGUAGCAAAGUGAGCAGACAAUUUUGGGUCUAUGAUGUUGCCUGUCCAACAUUUCAGGUUUUAGCAAUCACUUCCAAGAUGUGCAAGGUUGUCAGUAUUUUGUCAUUUUAAAAACUCGAGCACAAUCAAUGAAAAUGCUCAAAAGUUCCCUGAAAUCAUUAAGAUCCCUAUAGGUUUUAAAGUUUGCAUCUUGCCGAACUUCCAGAAGCGUACAUUAUGGCGGGUGUCACUCCCCGUUAUGUAUUUUAGCAUCAGCAAGCAUGAAUACUUGUGUUAUCCCAGUUUGAGCUUUGUGAUCAGUGCACACCUUAGAACUACUGUAGCUUUGGAUAGAAAAAUACAGAGGUUACGAUAGCAGUACGGUUACUAAGUGUCUGUGAGCAGUGAUAUUAGAAAACCAACCAGUUGUAUCUGACAAGGUGAUCAUGAUAAUCAAGAUUUCUGCUGGUACUCUGGAAAUAUUUUAUGUUAUCUGAAGUUGAAAUAUAUCUGUGAUCAGAAGUCUGUGGAGACUGCAUACAAUUGUGUAUAAACCACUUCAACUAUAAGCAAUAUUUCCUUUUUAUCGUUUCUUUAACACAUUCUUCCUAAUACUUGUAAAAACGAAUGUUGUUUAUAUAUACACUUUUUUGGUUGUAGCUGUAAUUGCAUCUUUUGCUGCUGCUAAUCGUGGAAAUAUAAUGUGCUUCUAACCAUUCCGACUUCUGCCUCCGUGACUAUUGCCUGCCGUGCAUAAUAACUGAUUGUCUUGGGAAUUUACAGGACUUCUCAUCCUACUUCCAAAUAUUACGACAAGCAAGCCUACCAGCGACCACUGAGGAGAGCCAACAAAUAUCGCCUUCUGAUCUCUGGAGUAUCCCAAAAUUGUGGUGGACAAUACCGAAGAGAUAACCUCCAAGUAACCAGUGAUUAUCUAUAACAUUGACAAUACUGUUUAUGCUAUAACGUAUAACUUUCCAUACAUGUGUAUCAUAAAAUCCAUUUUUCUUGUAAAUUGUA